AUGGCUGCCAGAGCACAAUUCGAAAACUCCAACGAAGUCGGUGUCUUCUCAAAGUUGACAAACUCAUACGCCCUUGUUGCGGUGGGUGGUUCUGAAAACUUUUAUUCUGCUUUUGAAGCUGAAUUAGGAGAUGUUAUUCCAAUUGUCCACACCACUAUUGCCGGCACUAGAAUAGUAGGUCGGAUGACUGCCGGUAACAGGAGGGGUCUUCUAGUUCCAACCCAAACCACUGAUCAAGAGCUGCUGCAUCUAAGAAACAGUUUACCAGACACUGUCAAGAUCCAAAGAAUCGAGGAAAGAUUGUCUGCCUUGGGUAACGUCAUAUGCUGUAAUGACUAUGUUGCAUUGGUCCACCCAGAUAUUGAAAGAGAGACGGAAGAGAUCAUUGCCGAUGUCUUGGGCGUGGAAGUUUUCAAACAAACAAUCGCAGGUAACGUCCUUGUUGGAUCUUACUGUUCAUUGUCCAACCAAGGUGGGUUAGUUCAUCCUCAAACUACUAUACAAGACCAAGAAGAACUAUCUUCCUUAUUACAGGUGCCCAUUGUUGCAGGUACUGUCAAUAGAGGUUCCAACGUUGUUGGUGCAGGUAUGGUUGUCAAUGAUUGGUUAGCGGUUGCAGGCCUUGACACUACUGCUCCUGAAUUGUCUGUUAUUGAAAGUAUCUUCAGGUUACAAGAUAAUCAACCAGAUGCUAUUGGUUCUAACUUGAGAGAUACUCUUAUUGAGACCUACUCUUGA